GAACGCUGAUUCCUUGGGAACGUCAGUGCGCAGACAGUCCGCCCGCAGCCAGCAACUUCACCAAGCAUCUUGUCGUCGCCGUCCCCACAAACAACAAACCAAAUUUCUGGAGCUCACGAAGAGCUGGGAGUCCGAACGCCGGCCGCCGCAGUCAUGGCUGUGCUGACUUGGCAGCGGGGAGUCCUCGCGGUGGCCAUCCUCGCCGCCUCCUCGGCGGUCUCUAUGGGCGUUGCGUCACGCGGCAGCCCCUGCACCAGCCCAGGCAACCGGCCCGGCUCCUGCAUCCCCAUGUUGGGGUGCGAUCCGCUGACUGCGCUGUUUAAGACGAAGCCGAGCCCCGAUGACAUCAUUGACGAGUACAUGAAUACCACCGAGACCCAGUGCGAGUGGGAGGACGACAGGGUGCGCCUGGUGUGCUGCCCCAACGGCCCGAAGUACGAGCAUCGCAACAUGCGCUUGCUGCCCACAGACAUGUGUGGCACCUACGACCCAGGACGCGCGGUGCAUCCCUGGUUGGCGCUACUCGCAGACUGCAACGGUAACACUGCACACUGA